UUGUUCCUCUCUCUCUUUCCCCUGUGUAGGUUUGUACCUUGUAAAUACUGUUAUUUGUAUAUACUGUAAAUGAUGACAUCGGUGGGCCCGAAUCGAGCCCGGGGCAACUGGGAUCAGACACAAACGCAGAAUCAGCCACAGCAGAAACAGCGGCCACAGGCUACAGCAGAGCAGAUACGAAUUGCACAGAUGAUUUCAGACCACAAUGACGCUGACUUCGAGGAGAAAGUAAAGCAGCUGAUCGACAUUACAGGCAAGAAUCAGGACGAAUGCAUGAUUGCUCUCCAUGAUUGCAACGGUGACGUCAACAGAGCCAUCAAUGUACUCUUGGAAGGAAACCCAGAUACGGAUUCUUGGGAAAUGGUUGGGAAGAAGAAGAGUUUGGCAGGCCCGAAGGAGACCGGCUUGGCGGAGGCCAGCGAGGAGAACAAAGAAAUGCGAGACAGAGACCGGGAGUUCAGCCGGCGGCGCGUGGGCGGAGGGAGGAGAGGCAGGGGCACAAGCCGGGGCAGGGAGUGUAAGUUGUACCCUUGA